AUGCCACCUCAGAAUUCGUAACAUAAUCCAUUGUCAAAGAUCAAGUUUAAGAUUAGUAAGAAGGUGGAAUCUCUUUGUCAAUGCAAUUAAAAAAGUUGCUUAAUCUGUGCUCGAAAAAGAUCAUCAUCAAUGUUGAGUAUCAAAAAUUCUUUAGUUGUUGAUGAAAGUUCACCUGUUUCUAAAAGAACAAUUGAUCAGAAGGCAAUUUUAGUAUAAUAAGCUGUCGUCUCAAAAUAAAUAUCAAGACAAUAAUCAAAUCAUGUUAUUCAUCACAGUUAUUAUAGUGGAAAAUAAAUCAAUAAUACUACUUCAACUACAAUGGUUAAUAAUUCUCGGACCAGAAAGACAUCUCUUGAAUCAUCCCCUCCUAAAGAAAAUGGUAAACUUAUUAGAAUUUAAAAUAGUAAUCGGAAGACAUUCUUUCAAAUUUUUAUAUGUAAUUGGAAAAGGUGGGUUUGGAAAAGUUUGGAGAGUAGAAAUGAAAGCCAACCGUUAAGAAUAUGCACUUAAAGAAAUGCUAAAAUCUAAGUAUCCUUCUUAUUUUAAUGAUUAUUAGAAUCAUCUCAAAAAGGUCUGUUAAUUCUGUGAUGAAUGAAAAGUAUUUACUCGAACAUCUCAAACAUCCUUUUCUAGUCAAUAUGCAUUAUGCAUAUUAAGAUAGAGAAAACUUAUAUCUAGUAUUGGAUUUAUUAAGAGGAGGAGAUCUAAGAUAUCAUAUUGGUAGAAAUACUAGAUUCUCUGAAGAAUAAACAAGUAUUCAUUAUUUUUAUUAAAAGAGUUUUUUGUAUGUUGUAUUUUAUUGGCUCUCUAAUAUUUACAUUAAAAUGGUAUAAUACAUAGAGAUGUAAAGCCUGAAAAUCUUGUUUUUGAUAAAGAUGGAUUCUUAAGAUUAACUGAUUUAGGAGUUGCUAGAUUAAAUAAGGAUUCUUCUGCUACUGAUACCUCAGGAACUCCAGGAUAUAUGGCUCCUGAAGUUAUGUGUAGACUUGAUCAUUCCUUUCCUGUUGAUUAUUAUGCACUCGGAGUAAUUGCCUAUGAGUUAUUGCUUGGCAAAAGACCAUAUAAUGGCAAAAAUAGAUAAGAAAUUAGAGAUUAAAUUUUAGCUAAAUAAGUUUAAAUUAAAGAUGAAAGAUUUUCUCAUAAAGCAUAAGACUUUAUAAAUAGAGUAACCUUUUUUUUAUAAUUAUAUAGUUACUGAUUAGAAAGCCCUAAUAAAGAUUAGGCCAUAAUGGAAUUGAAGAAAUAUUUGAACACUAGUGGCUGAAAGGAUAUCCUUGGGGCAAGUUGAUCAACAAAGAAAUCAAAUCAUAAUACAUUCCUGGAGUAUAAUUUUUGUGUUAUUUCUCAGAGUAUAGAUGGAAAUUUCGAUUUUCAAAGUUAGAUCUCUGCUGAUAGUGAACCAUAAGAAGAUGCAGCUUCUCUUAUCAGAAGAAAAAGUGUUUAAUGCUUAUUUGAGGGAUACAAAUUUCAAUGA